UUAACCCUCCUUGAUCAUCGGACUACCAAUUGCCAAGAAAUAGUUGAAUUUUUAGGCCAAAAGUUCACUGCUUAAAAGAGGUCUUGCUCUAAUAAGGGAUAUAGAACGAUUACAAUGUGCAUGAACUUCUUGCUCAGCUACAUUCAUGUAUGAUCAUCGGCAAUUGGAUUACUCAAGAGUCUAUGGGUUCUUUUGUACUAUACAAAAGUAGCCAUCCUCCUUUGGCAUCUUGGAGGGAUACUGAGGCUAGAGAGUUUCACUGUGGAGAGUUUUGGACUGGGAAGGAAAUAGAGAGGGUAAAGGAGCAAGAAUCUGAAGGGUUUAGGGAAAAGUGAGUUGGGAGUUUGUAUAAUGUGCAAACUUGUAGAUUUUUUAUUGUAAAAAAUUAUUUCUGGCGUAUUUUAUAUUUAAAAUUAGGCAGAUUCUUUAAUUUCUGAUAAUGAGCAAAAGAAUGAAAAGGCAUAUAAAGACUCUCCAUAUGGAAACUCUUCACUAACCCUAUUUUAUAGGGCUUUCCUAGACACUAUACCUUAAAAACAAAUCUUGCUAAUAUUCAUUUCCAAUAUAC